CAAAUCAGUCAACUGUUGACAGAUUUAGGCGCCUCUCAGUCGGAGAUCAAUAAGUGUCUCAAUGAGAACCGGAAGCGAGCCAUUAAGUUGGAGCCCAAAGACACUGAAGUCAAACGAAUUAAAUUAGAGGCCGACGACGAGGAGGAUGACAAUGAACCGGUUGUUCCGCCCGCGAAGAUCUCCAGAAAUGAGGCCAACACUGCCAUUGAUAUAACUGCCGAAGACAUUAUCCCGCGUUUGAAUGUUAUAUCGAAUGUCAGUGAUUUAGUACUGGUAUCGAUGCUAUCGCUGCCCGACUCUAUGCCCGACCACUUCCAGGCCUCGUACACACCAGUGGCCGCCGCCGGCACCGCCUCUCAAAUCAAACAUUUGGCUCGACUUCUUGCCUCUCAAUUGACGGCCGCCGGACUCGGAAAAGGUGUGGAGGAAAUGGUGGACAAAAUGACGAACUCAUCGAAAAAGCAAUUGAGUGCCGAACAGAACAUCGAACAGAACCAGAAGAUAGCGAUAGUCAUCGGACAGACCAUC